CCGGCGGCGAGAGAUGCAUCUUAGCUUCUUCCCGAUCGCGGCGGCAGAGAGGAGACUUGGCUCUCGGGGGAUCCGGGCUGCACUCGCGCCGGACGCGUUGCCUCCCCCCCAGGGCAUGAAACGCCAGUAAACUCGGGUCGGGGCUAUCUCCUUGGCGCAGCUGCUGCGUCCUCCCUCGACCGCCCCUCCCCGGCGCAGAGGGCGGCGUGGAUUUCGGAGUCGGGGUUUCUGCCGCCUCCAGCCCUGUUUGCAUGUGCGGGGCCGCGGCUAGGAGCCUCCGCCCCCCACCCGGUUGUUUUUCGGCGCCUCCCUCUGCUCGGCAGCAUGGCGAGCCCUCCGGAGACGGACGGCUUCUCGGACGUGCGCAAGGUGGGCUACCUGCGCAAACCCAAGAGCAUGCACAAGCGAUUCUUCGUGCUGCGGGCGGCCAGCGAGGCUGGGGGCCCGGCGCGCCUCGAGUACUACGAGAACGAGAAGAAGUGGCGGCACAAGUCGAGCGCCCCCAAACGCUCGAUCCCCCUGGAGAGCUGCUUCAACAUCAACAAGCGGGCGGACUCCAAGAACAAGCACCUGGUGGCCCUCUACACCAGGGACGAGCACUUUGCCAUCGCGGCAGACAGCGAGGCCGAGCAGGACAGCUGGUACCAGGCCCUCCUGCAGCUGCACAACCGUGCCAAGGGCCACCACGACGGGGCCGCGGCGCCUGGGGCCGGAGGCGGCGGGGGCAGCUGCAGUGGCAGCUCCGGCCUCGGGGAGGCCGGGGAGGACUUGAGCUACGGGGACGUGCCCCCAGGACCCGCCUUCAAGGAGGUCUGGCAGGUGAUCCUGAAACCCAAGGGCCUGGGUCAGACAAAGAACCUGAUUGGCAUCUACCGCCUCUGCCUGACCAGCAAGACCAUCAGCUUCGUGAAGCUGAACUCGGAGGCGGCGGCCGUGGUGCUGCAGCUGAUGAACAUCAGGCGCUGCGGCCACUCAGAGAACUUCUUCUUCAUCGAAGUGGGCCGUUCCGCAGUGACGGGCCCGGGGGAGUUCUGGAUGCAGGUGGACGACUCCGUGGUGGCCCAGAACAUGCACGAGACAAUCUUGGAGGCCAUGCGGGCCAUGAGCGAUGAGUUCCGCCCUCGAAGCAAGAGUCAGUCUUCCUCCAACUGCUCCAACCCCAUCAGUGUGCCGCUGCGGAGGCAUCACCUCAACAACCCUCCACCCAGCCAGGUGGGGCUGACCCGCCGCUCGCGCACCGAGAGCAUCACGGCCACCUCCCCGGCCAGCUUGGUGGGCGGGAAGCAGGGCUCCUUCCGCGUGCGUGCCUCCAGUGAUGGCGAAGGCACCAUGUCUCGCCCCGCCUCUGUGGACGGCAGUCCUGUGAGUCCUAGCACCAACAGGACCCACGCCCACCGCCAUCGAGGCAGCUCCCGGCUGCACCCGCCUCUCAACCACAGCCGCUCCAUCCCCAUGCCUUCUUCUCGCUGCUCGCCUUCCGCCACCAGCCCGGUCAGUCUGUCGUCUAGCAGCACGAGUGGCCACGGCUCCACCUCAGACUGCCUCUUCCCGCGGCGGUCUAGUGCUUCUGUGUCUGGUUCCCCCAGUGAUGGCGGCUUCAUCUCCUCCGAUGAGUAUGGCUCCAGUCCCUGCGAUUUCCGAAGUUCUUUCCGCAGCGUCACCCCAGAUUCCCUGGGCCACACCCCGCCUGCCCGGGGUGAGGAGGAGCUAAGCAACUACAUCUGCAUGGGCGGCAAGGGGGCCUCCACCCUCACUGCCCCCAAUGGUAACUACAUUUUGCCCCGGGGUGGCAAUGGUCACCGCUAUGUGCCAGCUGCCGGCUUGGGCACGAGCCCAGCCCUGCCAGGAGAAGAAGCAGCCGGUGUGGCAGAUCUGGAUAAUCGGUUCCGAAAGCGGACUCACUCUGCGGGCACCUCGCCUACCAUUUCCCACCAGAAGACCCCGUCUCAGGCCUCUGUGGCUUCCAUUGAGGAAUACACCGAAAUGAUGCCCACCUACCCACCAGGAGGUGGCAGUGGAGGCCGAGUGCCCAGCUACCGGCACUCCGCCUUCGUGCCCACCCACUCCUACCCAGAGGAGGGUCUGGAAAUGCACCCCUUGGAGCGGCGUGGGGGCCACCACCGCCCAGACACCUCCAGCCUUCACACCGAUGAUGGCUACAUGCCCAUGUCCCCAGGGGUGGCCCCGGUGCCCGGCAGCCGGAAAGGCAGUGGGGACUACAUGCCCAUGAGCCCCAAGAGCGUGUCUGCCCCGCAGCAGAUCAUCAACCCCAUCAGACGCCAUCCCCAGAGAGUGGACCCCAACGGCUACAUGAUGAUGUCCCCAAGCGGCAGCUGCUCUCCUGACAUUGGAGGUGGGCCCAGCAGCGGCGGCAGCAGCAGCGGCGCCGCCCCUUCUGGGAGCAGCUAUGGCAAACUCUGGGCAAAUGGCGUAGGGGGCCACCACUCUCACGCCCUGCCACACCCCAAACUCCCGGUGGAGAGCGGUAGUGGCAAACUCUUGUCUUGUACAGGUGACUAUAUGAACAUGUCGCCCGUCGGGGACUCCAACACCAGCAGCCCCUCCGACUGCUACUAUGGCCCCGAGGACCCCCAGCACAAGCCCGUCCUCUCCUACUACUCAUUGCCAAGGUCCUUUAAGCACACCCAGCGCCCUGGGGAGCUGGAGGAGACCCGGCACCCCCAGCAUCUCCGCCUCUCCUCCAGUUCCGGUCGACUCCUCUACACGGCGGCCGCAGAAGAUUCCUCCUCGUCCACCAGCAGCGACAGCCUGGGCGGGGGAUACUGUGGGGCUCGGCCGGAGCCCGGGCUCCCGCAUCUCCAUCAUCAGGUCCUGCAGGCCCAUCUGCCUCGAAAGGUGGACACAGCUGCCCAGACCAACAACCGCCUGGCUCGGCCCACGAGGCUGUCUCUGGGGGAUCCCAAGGCCAGCACCUUACCUCGGGCCCGAGAGCAGCAGCCCCCACCCCCCUUGCUGCUCCCUCCGGAGCCCAAGAGCCCAGGGGAGUAUGUGAAUAUUGAAUUUGCGAGCGAUCAGCCAGGCUACUUAUCGGGCCCGGUGGUGUCCCACAGCUCGCCUUCCAUCAGGUGUCCGUCCCAGCUCCAGCCAGCUCCCAGAGAGGAGGAGACGGGCGCAGAAGAGUAUAUGAACAUGGACCUGGGGCCAGGCCGGAGGGCCACCUGGCAGGAGAGCGUGGGGGUUCAGCCGGGCAGGGUGGGCCCGGCGCCCCCUGGAGCUGCUAGCGUGUGCAGGCCGACCAGGGCGGUGCCCAGCAGCCGCGGCGACUACAUGACCAUGCAGAUGGGCGGUCCCCGGCAGAACUACGUGGACACCUCACCCGUCGCGCCCAUCAGCUACGCCGACAUGCGGACGGGCGUCGUUGUGGAGGAAGCCAGCCUGCCCGGGGCCACCGCGGCCGCUCCCUCCUCAUCCUCGACGGCCUCUGUUUCCUCCACUGCCCCUCCGGGACCAGGGGAGCUGGCGGCCCGCUCGGCCCUGCUGGGGGGCCCGAGCGCCUUCACGCGGGUGAACCUCAGUCCCAACCGCAACCAGAGUGCCAAAGUGAUCCGUGCCGACCCGCAAGGGUGCAGGAGGCGGCACAGCUCUGAGACCUUCUCCUCGACACCCAGUGCCACUCGGGUGGGCAACACAGUGCCCUUCGGAGCUGGGGCUGCAGUUGGGGGCAGUGGUGGUGGCGGCAGCAGCAGCGCCGAGGAUGUCAAACGCCACAGCUCUGCUUCCUUCGAGAACGUGUGGCUGCGGCCUGGGGAGCUCGGGGGAGCCCCCAAGGAGCUGGCCCAAGUGUGCGGGGCCGCUGGCGGUUUGGAGAAUGGUCUUAACUACAUAGACCUGGAUUUGGUCAAGGACUUCAAACAGCGCCCUCAAGAGUGCCCACCUCAACCGCAGCCUCCUCCACUCCCGGCCCCUCAUCAGCCUCUGGGCAGUAGUCAGAGUGGCCCCACCAGCCGCUCCAGCGAGGAUCUAAGCGCCUAUGCCAGCAUCACUUUCCAGAAGCAGCCAGAGGACCUCCAGUAGCUCAACUGGACAUCACAGCAGAAUGAAGACCUAAAUGACCUCAGCAAAUCCUCCUUUAACUCAUGGGUACCCAGACUCUAAAUAUUUCAUGAUUCACAACCAGGACCUCACAUCUUCCUCCUCAGUAGAUGGUACGAUGCACCCAUUUCAGUUUGUUUACUUUACACAAUCCUCAGGAGUUUGUUGACUGAACUGCACGUUCUAUAUCGUGCCAAGAAAAAAGCACUGUGACCCCAGAACAAUGAGUCUGCAUAAACUUCAUCUUCAACCUUAAGGACUUAGCUGGCCACAUGAGCUGAUGGGCCACCGUGCCACAAGAGAAUGAGUUUACGCUCAUUGCAUUUACAAGACACAUUUCAUCUGCUGCUGAAACCAUGUACGACAGAGCAUCAUUGUAAAUUAUUUCCUUGGAACUGUUCGCGUUGGGUGGAGAGAGUAUUAAAUAUUUAACAUAGGUUUUUGAUUUAUAUGUGUAAUUUUUUUAAUUAAAAUGUAACUUUUCUUACAGCACAUCUUUUUUGGGGGGGAUGUGGAACUGAGGUAUACAGUGUUCUAUUGUAAAGAGUGGAGCAAAUGCUUAAAACAAGGCUAACAAGAGUAGAAUAGGGUACGAUCCUUGUUUUAAGAUUGUAAUUCAGAAAAGUAAUAUAAUAAGAAUCAUAGUGCCAUAGAUUUUGGUUCUCAAUUGUAUAGUUCUAUUUGCUGAUACUAUCUCUUGUAAUAUAGCCUUGAUGUUGAGCUGAGAUCCUUACGAGAAUUGAUCUUAAUUUUGUAUUUUUUUUUUUUUUUCUGUAAGGCAAUAGGCCAUGUUAAUGAAACUGAAGGAUAUAUUCUGCUGGGUAUUUUCAAGUGUCAGCUUAAAAUUGGCAAUUGAAUGGAAGCAAAAUUACAAGAAAAGGCAAUCAGUGUCUUCCUUUGUAUAUACUGUAAAGAGGAGGAGACAUGGGUGAUCCCUUUGAAUCAAAAGCUCUCUUUGGAAUGAAUAAUGUGGGUGUUUGUAAAUUCUGGAAAUUUCUUUCUAUUCAUAAUAAACUAGAGACUGUUGAUCUUUUCUUCUCCCCCUUCCCCCACUUCUGUAAGCUUCCUGUUCCUGUUGCCACCAAAAUUUUUUUUCCUGUUGCACACGUUAGGAUCUUUCAUUUCCUGCAUUGUCUCAAGAAAGAUGUAAGACAAGUGAGUACUUGUCUUUCAUUUCUAACCAGAAAUUAAAAUUCCAGAACAUGUUUUUCACGAUGACCAGGACUAUAUGUCACUUUCCUUAAGACUCUUAUCUCAUGUUUUCUGAGAACGUCCAGUGUUACAUUAUUUAACUGAAUGUAAUUUGGUCCAUUGGCCCUGGUGGCUACUGGCCUGGCCAGUAGCCUGGCCACCAGGCUACUGGUGUGUGAUUAGUUAAUAAAAAAAGGGUGCAGAGAGCGCAUCAAAGCAUAAUGACCUGCUAGGGAAACAUCUAGCCAGCAGUGAAAAUGUUAAUCCUUUUCUUGUUUGGAAAGCACACACAUCUUAGAAUUUUUCCUCGUGAAAGAGAAAUGGCAAUGAACGUACUAAAAGAAAUUGCCUACAGAGUUUUGAAUCUUUCGAUCAGGAAACUUCCUAAAAGUUCAGUGAAUUAAGUCUAGUAUCAGACUCCCCUGGAGUCUGUGUGAAUGCUCUAUCAGGAAUCCCCAGCCCUGCUGUUGAGAGGAGCAAGAUUUUCUUUCACUGAAGGGUUGAGCUCCCUGGUUGGGGGAGGGGUUGCCAGGAAGGGGCCAGGGUUGGGGGCCAUCGCAGUGGCUGCUCAUCAACGGGUCAGGGACCCCCCCCCAACCCCCCACUGUACUCAAAAGGGAAUAGAAAUCAGUGGACCCCUUCCCCUGCUGAGGCCCGUGUUACUGUUAAUUCAGCUGGAUGACAGGUACCUCACAGACUCUUGUACAGUGUUCACCAUUGCAGAUUCUAAGCAUUUGCAUGCUCAUCAAUUUAUAAGAUAAAUAGGUCUGUAGUCAUAAGAACCCAUUGUUUUCAAGGAACUUGCUGAAUGGCAUCAUUUCCUAUUAGGAGGGAACACCACUGAUUUUUAAAAUCUGAUAUGAAAGUGUUUUGUUUUUGUACCCUUUCAUAAAAAAGACUUUCUUAGUCAAGCUCUUAUUUUUCAAGUAUUCUGACUCAUACUCUCGCUGGUGUAGGAAGGAAGCAAGCUGUCCCACUCUCUUCCCUUGAGGACAUAAGUGGUCAAGGAGAGAGAUCAGUGAACAAAGUCAGCCCCACCCACUUCCCUAUAAAGGUGGUUAUUUCUCAAGGAACCUAAACUUUGAAUAUGUAUUACCAAGGUACCUCUGCAUGUGGGAUUAUUAACAUAUUUUGGGUGACAACAAGAAAUGAACCGGACUGGAAAAAACAUCUCUUGGUUUCUGUUUCUCUCGUCUGUUUUGUUGAGUCAUGUAGUAUAAAGGUAAGACACUCCUAUUUAAGCUGUUCCUAGUGUGCUGGUACUAUCAAACUUCACCCGUUUACAACUGGAAGUUGCUGGUAUUUAAGGCAAAAACUCAUGCUCUGUCUCCGUGAGGGGUUGACCUUCAGCUGCUAAGUCCUUGUGUUCAGUUCUUAUUUGGGAGACUUGGCUUUUAUCCAUUUCAAAGUAUUUGUAGGCCAGCCAAGGGCUUACAUUAAUGGGACUUCUAGUGGCCUCUAGUUAACCUAUAAGUUAGUGACUUUUUCUUCAUGAGACCAACCUUUCACAGUGUUCUUUCUUAGAGACUUAGGCAGAGUUUUAAAAUUCUCCUUUGUGGAAAGAACAAAUAUGUUCCAUGACUUUGAUGAUAUCUUUAUCCUGGGGGGAAAAAAAAGGUCCUAGAACCAGCUAAAAGUGAAGAGAAUCCAUUAAUGAUCAACCACCUGAGUCAAUAAUGACAAUUCAGUACUGAUGUUACAUUUGUGGCUAUUUCUUGCUAACUUUCAAAGGUCAGGGACUCUCUUGACGAACUGACAUUGACUGCAAAAAAUGAAUUUUCCCAAAAUCAUCUAGCCAAAAGUAGAGAUUUUAAACUUUUUUUUCCCUGAUGCUUGCCUUCUAGCUAUCUUUUAAAUGUGAGAUCUUUAAAGUGUUAAACAGUUUUACUAAACAGUAAGAAACAGUAUUUGACAGUGCUGAAGCCCUGUUUUGUUCAGUCCUGCAUCUUGAAUGCAAUAUACCAUGUAGUUGAAAACGGAUUUUUAUUUACUACGGGUGGUAUCAAAAUGGGGGGAGGAUGGUCAUCAUCCACUGAUGACAGAGCCACAAAAAAUGAGAUGAAUGUGCAGUGUUCCAGCUGCUUUAGCAGAGCUCUAUGGGUCGGCCUGUCACACAGGGAGGCAAUGAAACUAGAAACACUUCACGGAUUGAGACCUUGACUGGGAAAAGGUGAGACCCUCUGGAAGGCAUGGGAAGGAGAAUGGAUCGAGGCCAGAUUGACACUCGAUCCUUUGCGAUGACUUGACAGGAAAGUUACCGUUCCUAGGGCCUCGCAUAUGUUCGUUGGAGUUAAUGCUGCAUUUACAUAGCUUGCUGAGAAAUUCAAAAGGAAGAAGCAUACGCUCCCAGGGAUGUGAGGAAAUAGGACUUUGCCAACAGUAAGAGGAAAGACUUCCAUUCUGUAAGCCUAGUCAUGGAGGGCAAAUAGAGCCUUGUAAUCAGUAGACCAUCGACGGGUUAAACACUUGGAGCCCAUUGGUCAUUUCUAAAGCCAAGCCAGAGAGGAUCAUGAGGGUCCCUCCACAGCUGUAUAUAUAAUCAGUCUCCAGAGGGUGGACAGACAAGGUAUGGGUCAGAUGACAUAUUAGAUUUCUUCCCUACUUGUAACCAGAGCAUCAAAUUAGAUGGUGGGAGGAAGUGGAAUGAUAUUGGAGGUGUUUGACCCUACUUUUAAUGAAUUUAUCAGUAAUCCAGAGCUUAGAAUUAGCUAGUAUGAUUAGAAAAACAUAAGGCAUGGCUGGAGAGCUGUCUUCCUAGUGUGUUGGUGGCAUCUGUGAUGUGUAUACCAAGAGAUCUUGGUGUUAUAGACUUUGGCUAUUUACUUCUGUUUUUUUUGUUGUUGUUAAUUUCCUUAGUGUUGCUCAAGAUGCCAUGUGAUAGGACAAAUUCAGUAAACAGAAAAAUUUGUAUGGACAUCUUUAGUGUUUUUUUUUUUCCUUCUUGUUAGAAUUUGGCUAUUGGCUUAAGAAUGUAGUUCCCUGAACCAUUUUUCUUACAAAGUUCUUUCCUUACACCUCUUGGCUACAGGGUGGGCCAAAU